AUGCAGAUGAUACUUGUUGCUGGCGGCUGCCAAUACUAUGUGAAAAGUCAUCCAUGGGUACCAGCUUAUCAAGGUGUCAUCACAUUUUUUGUAUUGGCUAAUUUUACGUUAGCCACGUUUAUGGAUCCAGGUGUUAUACCAAAAGCAUCACCCGAUGAAGAUCGUGAAGAGGAAUUCCGUGCGCCACUGUAUAAAAAUGCUGAAAUAAAUGGCAUCACUGUUAAAAUGAAAUGGUGUGUUACAUGUAAAUUUUACCGACCGCCAAGGUGUUCACAUUGUUCAGUAUGCAAUCACUGCAUAGAAACUUUUGAUCAUCACUGUCCGUGGGUGAACAAUUGUAUUGGGCGUCGCAAUUAUCGCUUCUUUUUCUUCUUUCUAGUCUCUUUAUCAAUACAUAUGCUAAGCAUAUUUUCUCUAUGCUUAUUCUAUGUAUUAAAGAUAAUGCCUAACAUUAAGCAUCCAUCACCUAUUGUAGCUAUAAUAUUAAUGGGCAUCGUUACCAUACUUGCUAUACCAAUUUUCGGACUGACUGGUUUUCACAUGGUUCUUGUAUCCAGAGGGCGUACAACAAAUGAACAAGUAACCGGCAAAUUUAAAGGUGGUUAUAAUCCUUUCUCACGCGGUUGUUGGCACAAUUGUUGUUACACACAAUUUGGACCACAAUAUCCUAGUUUACUUAAACCAGAAAGAUAUGCCUCACGUCGUUCACAUAAAGAAAAUCAAGCUAUUAGCACUAUAACAACCGAUCGAGAUGCCGGUCAGACAGGCGGUGGGGCGGGGGGGAUGCGAAGCAAUAAUAUCGCUGGCAAUGCGCAACAUUCCCCCCGUGGAAUUCAACAUAGUUACUACGAUAGGGAUAAAAGACACACUCAGGUAAAGACUUAUACGGACCAGGGAAAUGGUUAUAAUCAACGCUCGGGUGGCACAACGCUUUAUAGUAAGCUUUCACCAGGACGUGAAUGCUCAGAUACUGAUAUGGAGCCACAAGCAUCACAAAGUCAGGAUUGUGAACCGACACCACCAUUACAAAGGCAUAAUUCCAGUAAUUUCUAUCUGCCGCCUAUAGAAAAUGUAAAUGGUGGUAUAGCAACUGGAGGAGGUGGUGGUAGUGGUGGUGAUUCUCCAAGACAUAUGCGUAUGUAUCAUCCAAGACAUAGUCCACAUGCGCGGCAAAGAGGCUUGGAACCCCAACGUGGUUAUAAUGCGGAUGCUCUGUCACCAGAUCAUCCAGCCCAUGCAAACAACCAAGGAAUUGCCGCACAAAAUCGCAGUGGGACAACAGCUACACCUACGAUGCAACAACGAAUUAAACCAUUAGGUGUGGCAACACCACUUGUGAUGGCAAGCCCAGUACGAAGAUCAAAUCCAGGAACUCCUACUCAACCACGACGGCCAGAUUUCAUUGGUCUGAGUCAACCACAACAGCAACAGCAACAAACUCAAUCAUAUUAUGAAUACACCACUGGUCUGCCACCACAGCAUCCGCAACCCCCGACUAUACAACAGCAGCAACAACAAUUAUUACUUCAACAACAGCGUGUUAUGCUACAGCAUCAACAACAGCAGCAGCAACAACAACAAGGUGGUCCUGCUAUACAACAUAUACAACAACAGCAUAAUCUAAACCAACCAUAUGGUGGUAGCCCACAGCGGCGCUUCCUUUCAGAAGGUGAACUAGUACGACAAGGCGGUAAUGAAUUAUCAUAUGCCCGUUCAAAUAACACCGUUGAUAAUAUACGCGAACUAGCAGGAAGUCCACAAAGGGGAGUGUAUAUGUGGAAAGAUACAUCUCCAGGGUUUAAUGGUAGUGGGCCAGGUAAUAUUGUGCCUACAGUUGGUAGUAGUGCAGGCACUAUACCAAAUAGUAUACACCAUGCCCAAUAUAUAACCGUAGGCGGCGCUGGCGCACAAGGUCAUCCACUUAUAAUGACACAUUCACGUAUGCAUCAACCACAUGAUUAUGCCCAGCAACAGCAACAACAACAGCAGCAACAGCAACAACAACAACAACAAUAUCACCGCUCUAAUCCAACAAGCCCAACAACAAUGCCCUCCACCUCAGCAGCACAAACGUAUAUGAUACGAUAUGGUGGUAAUAAUGCAGUACCAGCUUCAGUUGCUUCAUCCCAAUCAACAGCCACAAAUUAUGGACAUGCUCAACAAGCGUUGACCAAUACAACAAGCAAUCCUGGUUUUCAGCCACAAUUACGUGGCGGUGUAGCAGUAUUUCCACCAAAUCCAAAUACUAAUACAGUUGCUAUAUCACAGUCAAAUAGUCUACAACCACAACCAUCACCACAAAUUAAACGUAAACAAACUCCGACACGACCGAUGUCAUUCGUUCGUGCUCUCGAAAUGACCGAUUCAAUGGAAAUGCAAAACUUAGAACAGCAACAGCAGCAAUUGCAACACCAACAAACCCGUAACAAUGGCGGUAUAUUACCUAAUUCAGCAACAAUGGCAGCUAAUCCAAAUAUACAAAACGCUCAGCACUUAGGUGCUCGCACUACCACACCAACUCCAGAUCGUGCUAGUGUUUAUGAUAUGAAUUAUGAGAUCUCCGUAUAACCCGUGGUUGUACCUGUCGUAGUUCCACCUGCCUCUGCAACAAUAACUGCUGUUUAUGCGCGUAAAAAAUCUGUUACCAGUGCAACAACUUGCAGCACUGUUAAGAAUUCUUGCGCUGAGCCUGCUGCUUACGCUUCAGUUUCGGUUUUGGCUAGCAAAGCACCAAAUAAACGUAAAUUUUCUACAUUCUUUUAAGCAUCAAAUUCAUACAAUCAUGUGCGCAGAUGUUGACCCUUAUCUUUAGGUUAAUUCUCUGAAGUCAUUGAUUCAUUGAUACAUGUAUGGCCACAUAUUAGAAAGGUCGCAUAAAUAUAUAUUGUACAUAU